AUGGGGUUGCACAAGGUGGAGGAGGCCGAGGAGCUGCUGCAGGACAUGCGGAAGAUGAAGGUGGAGCCGAACUUGGUGAUCUUCAACACCAUGUUGAACAUCUACGCCUCCGCGCGCCGGGGGGCGAAGGCGGAGCAGGUCUUCCGAGAGCUGGUGCGCCGGGGCCGCCCGGACGCCGCCGCCUUCGGGUCCCUCGUGAAGGCCUCCGCGCGGAUGGGGGACAUGCAGCGGUGCAUGUCCUGGAUGCAGAGGGCCGAGGCUUCGGAGCGCUUGGACGCCAAGGCCUACUACUCCCUGAUCUCGGCCUGUGCACAGGCGGGCGACGUCGCUGCGGCGCGCAAGGCCCUUGAGGAGAUGAAGGGGAAAGGUCUCGCGGAGGAUACGAUCGCCUGCACAGGCGUCGUCAGGGCCUGCGCCGUUGCGGGCGAUCUCCCCGAGGCCGAGAAGACGCUGCGCCACAUGGAGGCCAGUGGCUUGCGGCCCAACACCUUCACCGCCAACGCGGUGAUGACGUUGUGCGCCAACGCGCAGCGGCCGCUGACGGCGGAGAAGUGGUUCUUUCGGCUGGCCAAGCAAUGGGUCGCGCCUGAGGUGGUGGUCUUUAAUAGCCUCCUGCUGAAUUGGAAGCAGGACCCAUGCAGGAUGCAAGAGUGGAUGCGCCGAAUGAGAGUCGCGAAGCAGCUGGAUGUCAUCACCUACAACUGUCUCCUCAAUGCGGCCGCCAUUGUGAAUGAUGACAAGCUGGCAAGUGAGACAUGGGCAGAGAUGAGGCAGCAGUUUCGACCAACCUUGGGGAGUUAUCGUUCCUAUUCGAAGGCGUUGGCAAGGGUGGGCCGCUAUGAUACGCUGUCGUCUUUGCUGGAAGAGAUGGCUACCGAGUUCCCUUACGUGGACGCUUUUUGCCGGCGGGCCCUGAUCUCUGCCUGUGCCAAUGCUCAAAGCAAUGCUCAAAGAGGCCUCGAUGAGAAGGCAGCGGAGGUGGCAAGAGCCGCGUUCCUGGCGGGGCGGCAGAGGCUGGCUGGCGAUGUGUAUGCGCGUCGGGCGGCGAGAUUGGCGCUGGGCAGUACCGGGUACCGCAAGCUCUUGAAGGAGCUGAAGCUGGAGCCCAGUGAAGUUGGGGAAGUCGAGGAGCCCCAAGAAACCUUCAGAGAAGCUCGAAGAGUCGCCACGGCGCACUUUGUGGUGACUCCACGUGGUAUGCCGGGCUUUGGUGUGCAAAAGGCCACUCCACGUAUUGCUUCGCCUGAGCAGAUGGACGGGUUUGAAGAGCCUCAGCAGAGUGCCUUCACCGUGUCCAGCGCUGCCGAGCCGCUGUUGCGGCUGUCCGGUCGGCGAGGGGCGGAUCAGGAGUUGGCGGAGUCGACCAGGCUCAAGCUGAAGCCGGCACGCCCAUGA